GUAAAAACAAAUGAAGAAUGGUCCACAGGUUUGCCUUACACCUUCCUCUCCGCAUCAUCUUCCGGACCUGUACCUUCCCAAUUUUCUACUCUUUUGAUCCUUCUUCCUCUAAUUAACUUCCAUGGAAGUAAGCAACCCGUCGUCCCUAAGCACCCCCGCUACCACUUCUCACAGUUUUAGGCUGUCAUUGAUCUCCAUAACACUCUUCUCUGUAUCUCACUAACACUACACCAACUCUUUCUUUCCAUGCAAGUUCUUCUCUCCCGAGCCAGUAUACAUGACGAAGAACAAUACCCUUCAUCUUUCUAGUCUCAUCAUUUCGCUCUCUUUGCUGCUUUUGUUCUUUGGGUGGUGCAAUUCAUUUGGCAUUGGCCACCCGGUAUCCUUUUCUCAUCACCACACUUUCAGGAGCAACAGGAAAGUCUUGGCUACCAAUUCCGACUUCACUCCAUUUCUACAUUUCCGGCAACGUCGUCGGACACACGGGCACCUUCCUGAACCUUCCGGCAACGAGAUCGACCUACGCUACGGUGUCAGAAAGCGGCUUGUUCCUGCUGGUCCGAACCCGUUACAUCAUUGAGGGUUUCUUCUUCCUUUUCCUCCUCUCCUGCAGAAGACGUAAUAUGUCAUAUGAAG